AUGGCACGCUCUCCGAAGACGAAUCUACUCGAGCUGCCAGUAGAACUCAUCGCUUUGAUCUUCACUUAUCUCGAUGAUGAAGAUGUCUUCGCUGGCCGGCUCGCGAACAAAGCUCUUGAAGAAGCCUCAUUUGCUCUUUUCGGCAAGCGUUUCUUCCGCAAGAAAGGCUUUAUGGUCACUAGCCUCGCUCUUGAAUGCCUUCGAUCCAUAGCAGACCACCAGAAGCUGAGAAAGUACAUCCAGCACAUUUGGUUCAAUCCGGACUGCUUCACUUUUGCCCGACCAGAAUGUGCUCCGGACGAUGAGGAUUCUGAUAUGGAUGAUGCCGACGAGCUGAUCACCCCAUUCGAGAGAGAUCCAGAGGCUCCCGUUGGAGAAUUUGACAAGCUUGCCAGGCAGUAUGAAGCUUAUCGACAAGUCAUGCGAGACCACGCGCAGCUUUUGCAUACAAACAAGCUCGAAACCACACUUGCCGCCAUCAUGGGGAAAUUGCCCAACAUUACCACAAUAGGCAUGCGGAGAAGCGAAGAAUACAGCCCGUAUGGCUGGUCUAUACUUCAAGACGCUGUUGGAGAGGAUCCGCGAGUGCUCGGGCCCAUACCAUCUGGGCCUGUCUACAGCUUAUCUGGGCCCACGAAUCUCUUCAUUGCCAUCAUAAAGGCGACUGCCAACGCGAAAGUCAGCUUGGAGAGACUGUAUACGGAUGCGAUUGAGAUAGACAAUGUUCGAGACGACUUGCCGCAUGGGCUGUCUCAAGCAACACUCGAUGCGGCGUGCAGCUCGGUCCUGUAUAUCGAGCUGAAUGCUGUCAAAGGUUGGCUCAACACCAGAUGGGAACUGGCCUCACAACCAUACAACACGCUCCGUCGACCGGAAGACUUCGGAUCUGGCCUGACGAGACUACUGAAGGCGACUUGCAAUCUGAAAGAGCUCGGCCUACAGAUCUUCCCAGACAGGAAACAAUCACAUUUACUAGCCCCUAGCGCACGAAAUCCAGACAGCUGGCGCUUGAGCUAUCCCUACGUCGCGCUGCAAAGGCUCUCCUCAGCUGUGUCUCUUUCGAAUCUGACACGCGUGAAGCUGGAGAAAGUCACUACCACGUCGGCCACGCUUAAGGCGUUUCUAAUGCCAUGUGCGAAGAACCUCGAAAGUCUCAAAAUUAGAGACGUUCGACUUUUGUCGUCGGCCCAAACAUCUCCGACCAACCCUGCGGUCUUCGCGACAUACAGUGAAGACGAAGAACGACCAUGGCAAACAUUCUUCUCUUUCCUGCUUGGCUCAUGCCCGGGACUUUCGUACAUACUCUUUCACCAUUUGAUGCACGCCCGCGGAACAAUCUUGUUCACAGAAGAAACCCCACCUCCUAUGCCUGCGGAAGAACUAGAUUUCCUGAUCAAUCAUGUACCGCCCUCUUAUGGUGAAUCCGGCUUGUUUACAAAGUCGUCAGCCGAGAAGGGGGAGCCUUUGAAGAGUUUCGAGGAUCUAACAGUCGAACUCGUCGAAGAAGACCAAAUUCUGGUUCAAGCAAAUUCAGUCGCAGGCCAAACUCAAUACGCAUUCUUCUCCAUCAAAGACGGUGUCAAAGACCACGGACCAAGAAGCGCAUACCCGAAAAUCGCCGAAUGCGCAGUGGCACUCUUUGAAUCCAUCUACAACGAAGCCGUCCGGAUCUUCUGCGGCAAGAACAAAUGGAUCUUCUACGUCGGCGGCGACGCUCCACAGAUCUUGAGGCUCUAA